AUGAAUUUAUCACUCGAUACAAUUUUAACAAAUGCACGAGAGCUUGUUUCACGUUUACGUCGUGAUGAUGCAACAGCUGAUACAACUGUAAGUCAAGCACAAUAUGUUCAAGAAAGAAUUUUAAGCAUGAAACAGUACGGUGAUGAUCUUGCUGAAUUGAAUGAUAUUAGUUCACAUCGUCCAAAAACAGCUAUUCUUUAUAGUAUUCAAAAAGAAAAUCGUCUUAUCAAACAAUUACAAAAAGAGAAUGAAGAAUUGAAACAAUUAGUUACUGAACAUCGAAGUGUAUUAGAAAAAAUUAUGUAUAAAUAUCGACAACAUGUACAACAACUUAGAUUAAUGGAAGAAAAAGAAAAAAUGGCUGUUCAAUUAUUUAAUGCAGGAUUAGCACAGGAAGUUCAAGAGAAAGCAUCAAAAAUUCAAGAAAUGGCAUCAAUUAUGCAACGCGCAAUUGAUAUUGAUGAAAUUAAUAGUGCAACACAAGAAGAACGUAUAAAUGCAUUAUUAGUGGAAAAUCGAGGUUUAAAAGAAAUACUUGCUGUACAUGAAAAUAUGCAUCAAUAUGAACAAUUAUCUACAAUUAUACCACAGUUAUAUUUUAAACGCCAUACGGAUUCGACUUUAAUAUGGACGGAAAAUAUAUUACUCUUAUCGAUUGGUACAAUUGUACUAUUUGCAGUUUUAACUCUUGUAGGAGUGGUAUAUUGGUGUUCAAAACAACAGCAACAACAACAUCGAUUAUUAAAAAAUCAACCUGAACCAUCUGAAUUAACUCCAUUUUCAUCAACAAAUAAUAAAAUAAUUAAGCCAAAAGAAAUAACAUUAUUUCCUAUUGCUCAUAAAUUUGCUGACCUUCAUGCAUCAGAUAUUACUAAUGAUACCUACUCAUUAUCAUCAACAUCGUCAUCAGAACAUCAUACAGCGAAAACAUCUCGAAAUAAAAAUCUUUUACAAAGGAGAGGGCCUAAUAAUGCAUUAACAAUAUCUGUAACUCCAGUACAUCUUGUUUUGAAUAGUCCACCAGCUGAUUGUUCGACUGAUGAAUAUUUACAAACAGCAACAAGAAAAUUAACAAUUAAUGAACUUCAUCAACAUGCACAAGAUACUCGUUCACUCUAUCAAGAAUUUUGGUCAGUACCAACAAAUCAUCUUGAAAAACUUCGUAUUUAUGGUGCUGGUACAAAAAAUCGCUAUGGUACAAUCAUUGCAAAUGAACAUUCUCGAGUGAAAUUACCUGAAAUAGCCGGUGAUUCUAUAUCAUCAUAUAUCAAUGCAAAUUAUGUCAAUGGUUGGCCAAAUGAAUAUCAUGCAUUUAUUGCAACGCAAGGUCCAUUGUCGAAUACAGUUAUUGAUUUUUAUCGAAUGAUUUGGCAAGAACAUGUAUCUGUUAUUGUUAUGAUUACACGUUUAUUUGAAAAAAAUAAAUCAAAAUGUGAACGAUAUAUUCCAGAUUCACAUGCGAAUCAAUAUGGACCAUUUCAUGUUGAGAUAAAAUCAACAAUUUAUCGAAAUGAUUAUGAAAUACGAAGAUUAAUUAUUACAUUCGAAAAUGAACAACGUGAAAUUGAUCAUUAUUGGUAUACAGCAUGGCCAGAUCAAUCAAGUCCAGAUAUUGCAAAACCAUUAAUUGAACUUGUUGAUAAAGUUGAAAAUAGUCGAAUUGAAUUAUCUAAAAUUAAUAAUAAAUCUGGUCCUGUUAUCAUUAUAAUGAAUACAAAACUAAUUAUUACAAUACUUCUCGUUUCGAUUUUCUGUUUUGAAUUCGGUCAAGGUCUUCAAUGCUAUCAACAUGAUUAUUGCAUUGGUGGAUGUCCAACAUUAGCAUCAAGUGUUGUUCAAUGUGCAUCAACUCACAGUAAAUGUUGGAAAAUGAGUUCACCAAUUGGUACAAAACGUGGUUGUGGUGAUAAUCGAUGUAUGGUACAACUUGAUACCGGUAUUAUGGGUACUGCUAGUGUAUGUUGUUCAAAUGAUCUUUGUAAUUCGGCUAUUCCAAAGCAAACUACAACAAUGGCAGUUCUUUUUGGAAGUUUAAUCGCUUUUGUAUAUGCCUGGUGUAUCUAA